CCCGGCCACUCCGCAGCAUCUCUGCCUCUCCGUCUCUUCGCCCCUCCGCCCCUCCGCCCCUCCGCCCCUCAGCCGGCCGGGCCCCGCCUCGGCUGCCCGCCCUCUCCCAGCUCCCAGCCGCCGCUCUGUCCGGCAGCAACAAGCCCGGUCUUCGGCAGCAUGUUCAGCUGGGUCAGCAAGGAUGCCCGCCGCAAGAAGGAGCCGGAGCUCUUCCAGACGGUGGCCGAAGGGCUGCGGCAGCUGUACUCGCAGAAGCUGCUGCCUCUGGAGGAGCACUACCGCUUCCACGAGUUCCACUCGCCGGCUCUGGAGGACGCUGACUUCGACAACAAGCCCAUGGUGCUGCUCGUGGGCCAGUACAGCACGGGCAAGACCACCUUCAUCCGGCACUUGAUCGAGCAGGACUUCCCGGGGAUGCGCAUCGGGCCCGAGCCCACCACCGACUCUUUCAUCGCGGUCAUGCACGGCCCCACGGAGGGCGUGGUGCCCGGCAACGCGCUCGUCGUUGACCCGCGGCGCCCCUUUCGCAAGCUCAACGCCUUCGGCAACGCCUUCCUCAACAGGUUCAUGUGCGCCCAGCUGCCCAACCCGGUCUUGGACAGCAUAAGCAUCAUCGACACCCCCGGGAUCCUGUCUGGAGAGAAGCAGCGCAUCAGCAGAGGGUACGACUUCGCGGCUGUCCUGGAGUGGUUCGCUGAGCGGGUCGACCGAAUCAUCCUGCUCUUUGACGCCCACAAGCUGGACAUCUCUGACGAGUUCUCAGAAGUCAUCAAAGCCCUCAAGAACCACGAGGACAAGAUCCGCGUGGUGCUGAACAAGGCCGACCAGAUCGAGACCCAGCAGCUGAUGCGGGUGUAUGGGGCCCUCAUGUGGUCCCUGGGGAAGAUCAUCAACACCCCCGAGGUGGUCAGGGUCUACAUCGGCUCCUUCUGGUCCCAUCCCCUGCUCAUCCCCGACAACCGCAAGCUCUUCGAGGCCGAGGAGCAGGACCUCUUCAAAGACAUCCAGUCUCUGCCCCGGAACGCUGCCCUCAGGAAGCUCAACGACCUGAUCAAGAGGGCCAGGCUGGCCAAGGUCCAUGCCUACAUCAUCAGCUCCCUCAAGAAGGAGAUGCCCAACGUCUUCGGUAAGGAGAGCAAAAAGAAAGAGCUGGUGAACAACCUGGGCGAGAUCUACGCGAAAAUUGAGCGGGAGCAUCAGAUAUCCCCUGGCGACUUCCCGAGCCUUCGCAAGAUGCAGGAGCUCCUGCAGACCCAGGACUUCAGCAAGUUCCAGGCCUUGAAGCCCAAGCUGCUGGACACAGUGGACGACAUGCUGGCCAACGACAUCGCCCGGCUGAUGGUGAUGGUGCGCCAGGAGGAGUCCCUGAUGCCCUCCCAGGUCGUGAAGGGCGGCGCCUUCGACGGCACCAUGAAUGGGCCCUUCGGGCACGGCUAUGGUGAGGGGGCUGGCGAAGGCAUAGACGACAUCGAGUGGGUGGUGGGUAAAGACAAACCUACCUAUGAUGAGAUUUUCUACACGCUGUCGCCUGUCAAUGGCAAGAUCACGGGCGCCAAUGCCAAGAAGGAGAUGGUGAAGUCCAAGCUGCCCAACACGGUGCUGGGGAAGAUCUGGAAGCUGGCUGAUGUGGACAAGGAUGGGCUGCUGGACGAUGAGGAGUUUGCCCUGGCCAACCACCUCAUCAAGGUCAAGCUGGAGGGCCAUGAGCUGCCCACCGAUCUGCCCCCGCACCUGAUCCCACCCUCCAAGCGGAGGCUGGAGUGACCUCCCAUCCCUGUGCGCCCGGCCAUCCCAGCACCCAGCCAGGCAGAGACUGGGGGGAGGGGGAGGGUCACCAGUUCUCAAGGUCCAUAAAGACUGAGUGGCUGUUUCCUCGGCUCUUGAAAAGGAAAACCACCAUCAUUCUUUUAAGGCUGUUCCUGGGCCCAGCGAGGGAGGCAGGGGUGAUACUCGUAUGUGAAUGAUGGAAUUUUAUGCACAAGAACUAUGGAUAUUUUUAAUAUAUAACAUUAGAGGCAGCCUU